GUGAGGGUGAUGAGGAAGAGCUGCUGUCAGUCAGUGUGUGAGUGUGUUUGAGACAGAGAGGGACGUGAUGAUGCUGUCUGUGGUCUGUCUUCUGUCCGUGUGUCUCCUGUGUCGAGUGAGGACACAGGCGUCCGUCGACAACAACACUGCUGCAGGGACGAGUGAGACAGGUAGAAACUGGACACAAACAAAUGAGACGUUCAAUGACUCUGCGGAACCAGGAGCGAUCCCUGGACUCUUCGGAUUCAGAGACAUAGCGGGAAAACGCUCCUUCCUGCUUGAGCUGGAGGCGGAGUCUCGGAUCAUCGGCGGUCAGGAGGCGUGGGCGCACUCGUGGCCCUGGCAGGUGUGUCUGCGCUUCGCCGCCAUGCCGGCCUGUGGCGGCGCCAUCAUCGGGCCACUGUGGGUCGUCUCCGCCGCCCACUGCUUCAAGAGGUUCAAAAAGGCGGCGCACUGGAGCGUGGUGGCGGGAAAACACGACCUGGAAAACCUUAAGGAGGCGGGGCAACAAAUUGUAGGCGUGGCCGCCAUUGUCCGUCACCAUGGUUACAACCCUCGCACCAAAGAGAACGACAUCGCACUGCUGAAGCUGGACCAGCCGCUCGUCUUCACGGCGACCAUCAAACCGAUCCACCUCUGGACCAAGGCCCUCCCACUUUUCAAGGAGUGUACCAUCACGGGCUGGGGCUCCACCCGCGAGAACGGUCCUCGUGUCAACAGACUGCAGGAGGUGAAUGUCACUGUGCUGCCCCCCGAUGUCUGCAACCAGCACUACAGCGGCAGAAUGCGCUCGUCCAUGUUCUGUGCUGGAAAAGAGGGGGGCGGAGUCGACGCCUGUCAGGGAGAUUCUGGUGGUCCUCUGUCCUGCUUCACCGGGACCAGGUACGAGGUGGCGGGUUUGGUGAGCUGGGGUGUCGGCUGUGGACGGGGGGGCAGACCUGGCGUCUACACUAAGCUCCACCUCCAGGCUCAGUGGCUGUAUAACCACCUGAAUGACGUCAUGCACGAUGAUGUCGAGGAUGAAGAAGAGAAGUGUGGUCGUCAGCAGAGCUCCGGCUGCAAACCUCCAGGCGUCGCCGCUCUCUCACUGUCGAGCGUUGGCGAGUUGUCCGUGGAGAACUUGGCGGAGUCGUGUCCGUACUUUUGGCCGUGGCAGGUCAGCCUCCAGUCCAAGGGACGUCACUACUGCAGCGGCGUCCUCGUCCACCGCCGCUGGGUCCUCACCGCCAAACACUGCAACGUCAAAGCUAAAGAGGACGUGGUGGUUCUGGGAACUCACAACCUGCGGUUCUCAUCGUCUCAGACCAUCCCUGUGGACGAGGUCCUCAACCUGCCUCAGGACUCCGGGUUCCCGCCAAAACCUGACCUGUCGCUGCUCCGCCUAAGCGUCCCAGCCCGAUUCAACUCCAACGUGUCUCCGGCAUGUCUCCCUGAUGAGGACGAGGAGCUCAACGACAGCUGGAACUGCUUCACAGUGGGCUGGGGUGCCACGGCUGCAACAGGAAACAUGGAUUCGAAAUGUGUCCACCAUGUUGGACUGUCGCUGGUGAACAGGACCACCUGUGAGCACAAGUGGGGGAGUGGUCUCAUCACCGACUCUCAUAUCUGUGCUCAUCCAGCAGGCUCCGCCUCCUGCACGGGCGACUCUGGAGCUCCUCUGUAUUGUCGUAAACGUGGGGCCUACUUCCUGUUUGGUGUGGUCACAUGGGGCAGCCAGCGCUGUGAUGUGGACAAACCGUCCGUCUUCACGGCGACGGCGGGUUAUCACUCCUGGAUCAGUGAUGUCACAGAGGAAGACGACGACGAUGAUGUCAUGAACUACUAAUAAAGUUUCUGUUCUCGCUCACCUAC